GAUAUCUUUUCAUAGUUAUUGCCAUUGUUGUACAAGCCGUCAUAAGACAUCAUCAGAAACUUUUCAGAAUACGAAAAGGCAUGGCAGAGCCUGAGCAAGGGAUAUUAUUUGCUGCUGCAACWCGYGAAAAGGCAGAUAAAGACAUUGUUCAGUGUUUGAAAUAUAUGUGUAACAAAUUUUUCUUUCAUUUUGGAUGGGAGAUGUCGUUACUGGCUGUUGUCUGUAACAUGGCCGUUCGGUGUGAUGUUACUUCUGUUAUCUAUGCUAUAUGGCUUGGAGUUCUAUUAGCACUGGGACGUCAAAGCUGUGUUGUAGUUUGGCCUGUUUAUGUKGGCUUUCUAGCAUUUUUACUACCCUUUCARUAUCUAAUAUGCCUUGGUUGGCCUCCGGGAUUAUGUCUGGCUUAUCCAUGGACRAAAGUUCUCGAUCCAAACCUCAUUCACUGGCUAUACCUGACAGACGUCACAUACCCACCAGAACCCAAGCUACUUAUAGGCGAUUUUUUACAGCUUCUGUUCGCCUGCUGUCAAGAGAAUGUAUUCAGCCAAGAAAGGUAUACUUGGUCGAGCGAGAUUCCACAAGGACAAGUUGAACCUAAUCUUGUGAAUAGAAGAAGUAGCAGAAAUAAGCGUGCGACGCCUGACUUCAUGUGGAACAUAACAUGGCUUGAUUUCUCUAAGCUGAUCACAUUCCAGCACAUCUACUGGAUAACACUAGCCGUGGUUUACAUCACUGUUCAAAGUACAAUUAGUAUUUUCAACAUUGGUUUCCUUCUUUGGUGUUUUUUCUUCCUAUGGCAUGGACAAGCGUUGUACUUGCAACCAAAGAAAAAGCUCCUUAGAUUAUGGAAGACUUUUAUUUGUUACAACUACUCGACUCUUCUUGCUAAAGUUUGUUUACAGGCCGUGUCAUGUGUAUGGAUGCAGUCYGUCCAAGACUACACCGGUUGCUGGCCGUUACAGCUCCUCAGCAUGUUCUGCUUGCGUGACUCAGGCUACCAGAACAAAAAACCCGUCACGGACACUGGUUGCGUUGCCCCUGACGACACCGGUCUCGCUAUGGACUGUGCCUGCUUUACAUUUCUCCUUAUCCAAUAUCGGAUCUUCUCGUCUGAUUACUUCCGUCACGUUGUAAGAGACCACCGCGAGCAGUCGGARAUGGCCAAUAGAGGAGCAGAGCUUGUGAAUCAACACUUGCGUGAACAACUGGACGGCAAGCUACUGGAAGAUAAGCAGAAAAUGGACAGAAUCCGACGAUCUGUGAAUAAAUUGGUGGAUAAAUUAGGAAGAUUGCACCCUACUGGUGGUGAAUACGAACCGCAAUCGCAUUAUGAAGCUAUCUAUUCUGGUGACUACUACUGGUUCGAGUCUGACUCGGAAAGUGACUCCGAGGCUGAUACUCCAUCCGUUAGCCCUACUCAUUCAACGCGCAAAACAUCUUCUAGCGAGGACGAUGAUGAAGAAACRAGAGGAGAACAAGCUGCUGCCGGGCCAUCAACAUCAGGACGAGAAUCCGUCACAUCCAACUUCAGCACCGGAGAUUUUGUGACAGUCCCAACUCCCGAGCCAUCCACAGCCAUAGUCGACCCAGAGGGGCCUGUGACCAAGGUUAAGCGAUGGAUUAGCUGGAUCUAUUAUUACAUUGCAAUGGUCGUCGAURGCGUCAUUAAAGUUCUGAGGGAAAUCUCGAAGAAUUAYCGAUCCAUUGCCGAYCAGUUGAAGAAGGAAAGAAAAGAAAAACGACUCGAAAAACUACGACGUUCAAGACAUAGUCACUUGUAUCCRUGGUCAAGACAUCCUGAGACGGGAUCCGACUCUGACGUCAACGAAAGCAAGUCAAGCGUGUACCGCCCUACAGACGAAGACAACGAUUCGCUGUCGAUAGCUGACCUCGAAGAAACGGACGCUGCUCAGUGGAGACACUCUCAAAUGCGAGUGGCCCGUCUGACCGUAGCGUUUGUGUACGCAUUACUGGCCCAUACAGACAUUAUAUGUUAUAUGCUAAUGAUAUUGAACCAUAUGGUGUAUGCCUGCCUGUUAUCAAUGCCUUUACCAUUCCUGGUAUUUAUGUGGGGUAUGUUAUCGAUACCACGCCCUACUAAACGAUUCUGGAUCACUGUCAUCACGUAUACACAGGUUGUGAUUGUCAUCAAGUAUCUCUUCAAGUUCCCGUUUAUAAAGUUCAACACUUGUAACGAGGAAGGCACAGACAAAAACGACCCACUUUGCUACCCAAGGAUUCUUGGGAUUGAACGGGUUACUCACACGUCUGCCUAUGAUUUACUGCUGUUGCUGGCGCUGUACUUCCAUCGUUACUCGCUAAAGGUUCAUGGUUUGUGGCGAGAUAAAUCUCAUGGUAACGAUGAAAUAGAUGACACUGCACCAGUUUCCCCCAUGUCACCUAUGGACGCCUUUAAGACAAGCACAGUUUGUCAAGAUCGUCGAGGAAAAUGUGGUCCCCAAAACGUUCCUGUACAUGUUGCUGACACAGUUCUUUCUCAUCAUCAUUGAUAGAUGUUUAUAUUUGAGGAAGUACGUGUUUGCGAAGCUGUUCUACUUGUUAUUCCUCGUUGUUGGAUUCCACGUGUUUAUGUUCAUCAUUGUUCCUUACGUCACAAAAAGACCGUUUUACAUGAAUAUUCCCGCCAUUUUCAUGUACAUCUUCAUGUGUCUGUACUUUGGCCUGUCAGCCUAUCAGAUUCGAUGUGGAUACCCGACAAGAAUUCUGGGAAACUUCUUGACUAAGAGCUAUUCACUGACCAGCGGUGUGCUUUUCCAGGGGUUCCAGGCUAUCCCGUUCCUGCURGAAUUACGUAGUGUCCUCGACUGGGCGUGUACCGAUACGACACUGAGCCUUUACCACUGGCUCAAGAUGGAGGACAUCUAUGCCAAUAUUUACGUACUGAAAUGCUAUCGAGAAUCAGAAAAGACGUGGUUCCAAGCUCGUGGCAAGAAAUACUGGCUGAGCAGUAAAUGUCUUCUUGGUGGUCUUUUGAUUGGUUUACUUGUCUUAGUUAUUUGGUUUCCGUUACUUUUAAUGUCGUACAUUAACUCCAACUACACCGAGAAUCCGCCCCAGGACGCAACGUUUACUUUAACGAUMGGUGGAUAUCAGCCUUUGUUUCGAGUAAGUGCACAAGAACAGUUCUURCAACAGCUGAACGACAGUCAAAUCGACAAGAUAAAGAAACAGAACACUGGAAAAUCACAAGAAAAACAGCUAGUUGACACAUUUUUGCGUGAUUAUCGCGAGCGGAGUACCGUUGAGCUGGUAAAGAUCACUGGCAAUUCCAGUUCAAUCUGGCAAAUCAGUCCACCAUCGAGACAGUUGAUGAUGCAUGAUUUGUUGGGGGAGAAGAACGUCACCAUGAAAUUCAAAUACGAAUUCACGAGAUGUUGAAUAAGUCGUUCAAAGGGGAACAAAUCACCAUCCAUAAAAUGUUCCCCACUUAUGUAAGUGUCCCUGCAAGUGGCUCAGCCAAGAAAAUACUAGCAUUAUACAACGGCAGCUACGUGACGUGCGGUUUGAGGAUGCGAAGUGAUGCUGCCACUGGUGUCGAAUGGUGGGAACUUACACAGAUUGACCCUAAACCGAUAUUCGAGGAGAGCGUACUUGAGAUGAUUACGUUCAACGAUCUUGUGCCGCCAUUGCAUUUGUCGUUCUUYGCAAGCACAGGUAUAAUCGGUUUAUACGUGGGUUUUGUUUGGUUGGUUGGUAAAUUCGUACGUCUGUUCUUUACGUCGAUAUCGUACCGAAUCAUGUUCGAUGAGAUGCCGAAUGUCGAUAAAGUCCUCAAAUUAUGCCUGGAUAUCUUCAUGGUACGGGAGAGCAAGAGUUUUAAGCUGGAGGAAGACCUUUUCGCCAAGUUAAUGUUCCUCUACCGGUCACCAGAGACGCUUAUCAAAUGGACUAAGUACAAACGACAUUGACGUCAUGAUCAGUAAAGUGACGUAUUGAUUACGUCAUAUUAUUAAUGACGCCAUAAAAGUGACGUCGUUGUAUGUGCUUYCAUAUUSAGUGAUCACCACGUCGCGAGCAUUUCACAAAAAUCUAGUGACGUCAUUAUAUGAUGAAAGUGACGUCAUUUUAUAUGCGAUUGAUUACGUCAUUGUACAUGACGUCCCGGAGUCGAUUUUUAUGAUGAAUAUCGAGACAAUUCACGCUGAUUGAAUUCUCACAAGAAAAGUAUAUAGAAGACUUUUAUAAUGUAUGGUUAAGCCGCCAUAAGGCAAAAAUACUUUAUAGCAUUGAGUUGAGCUAUUUCAAUGGUUAAUUCUAAUAUAGUGUAUUUAUGAAUSAUUCUGACGUCAGAGAUGAUGACGUCAUCAGUGAUAUGACGUCACUUUUGAUAAGCAGAUAAUGAUAAUUUAUUGGAUCUAUUAAGGUGGAUCAUAAGGCGAUUUUGGUGGCGUUUGUAUAGAUAUAUAUAUGUAUUGAUACUGUAACUUGAAACUAAUAUAGUUGAGACAGUAUCAAACUAUUUCUUAGAAUUCCAGUACACGCGGGAAUAAUYUCGAAUCUAUGUGCAUAUGAUAAUAAAAACUUUAUUUAAAUCCUUAAUAAAACUUUCWUAARCUAUAUCAUGUGACAAACAAUAGAUUAUCUAUCUGCAAAUUCAUUGUUUAUUCUAUKGUUUUCUAUCCUAGGAACGAGGCUAUUCCCRUAUUUACUGGAAUUUUUUAAAAGAAUAAUCAAUUAAGAAUAGAUAUUUUCAUAAAAAUGUAGGAUAUCGGUAUUUUAUAUGAAAAUUUUUAAUACAAAGAGUAAAUGAACAAGGCACAA